CGUGGAAACAUCAUAUGUUUGUGGAAAAGGAAUAAUACAAGCAUUGCGUGAGCAUAAACAGAUUUUAUAUGUUGGACCGUGCUAGCAGAUACUGUCCUUCUGUCAACGAUUUGCUGUGACGAAACUCUUUCUAGUGGCCACUUGUUAUCGACAAAGAAAAACAACGGAACUGAACUAAGAACUGGUGCAACGUAGAUGAGACGGAAGCAGCAUCAGCAACAUCACCAUCCCCUCUUAUUCAACAUAAUUCACGAUGGCAGGGCCAAUCGACACAAGAAAACGCUCUCGCGAAGAAGAACAGAACGAAUUUAUGCCCCUAUCAAAGCGGAUCAAUAAUCUACAUCUAAACAACAGUCAACACAGUAUUGUGGGAGGAGUGCUACCGGAGCAGAUCGCCGCUGGUGCUUCCCAUGUCGUUGGACAGAUACGACAGCACGAUCACCAUCAUCAUUUACUCGGUGGUGCGGGAGGAACUUGUGCAAUUAGUCUCCACAACAAUCCGCAUCUGAUGGGGGUGAUGGCUGGCAGCAGUUCCAGCAGCAGUAAUAGUAGCAAUAGCAAUGCAAGCAGCGUCGGUUCGUUUCGAAUUCCUGCCAACAGUGGAAGCAAUAGUCCUGCGUCGACCAUUUCGAUUAACGGCGAAAUCCUUGGUGAUUACUGUCCAGUGCUGAGCGCCGAAGAAAACCCACAUUAUUUCACUAAAAAUAAAAUUCUCUACGAGCUGUACGUCGAGCGGAUGAGCAGACUGCAAUGAGCUGCGCCUAGGUGUGAGCGGAUGUUACUACCACUUAUUUUCAUACUUUUAACCAUCUCGAACAAUCUUAAUUCGUAUAAAUUUUUAGUUUUUAAUAACAUGUACCGUAACAUAUUUGCGAAGAGUGCUAAUACGCUGGAUGUUGUGUGCAGUGUGGUCGGAUGCAAUAAUGGAAUGAGUGCUACUUGAACAGGGGUCAGAAUUUUGUCGGAAGCCGAGAUGAUUAGCCUUAAAAAGCGGACAGCGUUUUGAAGCUGAUGAUUCAUAAUAAAAUCA